CAGUCAGAUCACUCUGAAACCCCUCCCUUUUGAUAUGAUUAUAUUAAGGCGAGUCAUGUUAUAGCACGGUUUACAUCAAGCUCCGUCUAAAGUGAAAUGCCAAGAAAAUGCUGCUCAUACUGUGUUUGCUGCUUUUUCUCACAGCUGGACGAUGCACACAUGAUCGUAAUUUUGAGAUAAAGACUCUUGAUGUUGGAGAAACUGUAAAUCUGACAUGUCCUCGACAAACAACCUGGUACUCAGCAAGUGUAUUUUGGAUCAGGCUUUUUCCAGGAAAUUUGCCUGAAUUUUUGGGGGGAACAUAUUCAUUUGAUUAUAAUGCUGUUAAUAAGACUCCUCGCAUCACAACAAAACAAGAGCCAGGAGCGUUUGUCUUGGAAAUUAAAGAGGCAGAUCUUGGUGAUUCUGGAUUUUACUACUGUAUUAAAACAGACCCACUUCAACUGACAUUUUUGACUGGAACAUUUCUGAGGAUUAAAGGACCAGAACCAGAUAUCACUGUUGUCACUAAAGACUUUCCAUCUGAUCCGAUUCAACCAGGAUCCUCUGUGACUCUCCAGUGUUCAGUCCUCACUGACUAUAAGAAGUGUUCAGGAGAACAUGGUAUUUUCUGGUUCAAAGAUGGAUUAAAUGAAUCGAAUCCCAGUUACCUUUAUACUCAAAGAAACAGUGAUGGUGAAUGUGUGUGGAGUCUUGAAGCUCAUGGUUCACAAACUUGUUACUACACCUUCUCCGACUUCACCUCCUCUGAUGCUGGGACUUAUUACUGUGCUGUGGCUGCAUGUGGAAAGAUAAUCAUUGGAAAUGGAACGAAACUGGACAUUGAAGUGAACAUGUCGGAGUUGCAGAAGGCCAGUACAGUCAUCAUUCUGCUGAGUGCUGCUUUGGCUAUAAGUCUGGUUCUUAUAGCCUUCCUUAUUUAUUUACUCAAGAAAAGAUCUCAUGAUUGCAAUAAAGCUUCAGUUACUCAGAAAAUGAAUGUUGCAACGUGGUGCAGCAGUGGUGAUCAGCAAAGCCUACAGAGACAUCAGGAUUCAGCGAUUUAUUCUGCAGUGAAGUUUACCAAGAGAAAAGCCUACGCAGCAGAAGAAGAUGAGACGAUUUACACUGAUGUUAGGACUUUUCAAAUAGAUUAACAGUCUGAGUUACAUUCUCGUAUUAAAUCUAAAUGUUGGUUAGUUUUUGUUUUUGUUUUUGUUUUUUUGGCAAAACAUUAUAUUUCAUGUUAUGUAUCUUUUAAUAUUUUCAGUAAACUCAGAAAUGUAUCUUCAUCUGUUUGAAAUGACUCUUUUCUACCGUUAACAAUUUGCUUUUUCAUAUUAGAAAAUGGCAUGGACCACUAACAAGUAAUAUCUAAAUUUACAAGAUUAGUGGCUACUGAUGGAUGCGAGAUAAUGUGAAACCUUCGUAGUUGAAAAGUAGACACAGGAAAUCGUUGUUGGUGUUACAGUGUCCACUCUGAUGGUUUUCUGUCUGCCUCUCAUACAUACGAGGGCUGUUCAAUAAGUUCAUGGCCUCACCCAGAAAUACUGGUUGUUAUAAUACAGGAUGUUACAU